UGGUAUCAGAUUAAAAAAUGGCUGCGCCCAUGGCAAAGAAUGAAAUUAUCGCAACUUUUGCGUGUUCUAAAUAGCAAAUUAAGAUCUUUGGUGGCAGUUAAUUUAUCGUUUGCAAAUCUAUUUUUAUAUCUAUUGAUAUCGUCUUACGUCUUGGAAGAAUAAGGCUUUAUUGAUUAUUAUUAUUAGUUUUCGCGAACAAUUUACCCGGGCUUUCAAUUACAGAAGUGGCUAUGGGUUCGGUAACCAGACCUCUAGACCCGGACCAGACCUCUAGGCUACCCGUACAGGGCAGGCUAGAAAUCCAUGAUCAACAGAAAGGAUGGGAAUAUCUGCAUUGAUAGACUAUUUAAAGGACAAUCCCUACUUCGGUGCAGGAGCAGGGUUGUUUGGAGUUGGCAUGGCUGCUGCCGUGAGUAAGAAAUCUUUACAGAUUGGAAUGAUAAUGUUUCGACGACACUGUAUGAUCACACUUGAAGUUCCAAGUAGAGAUAAAAGUUACUACUGGUUGUUACAGUGGAUUUCCACACAUGGAACAAAGACUCAGCAUCUGAGUGUAGAGACAUCUUUUCAUCAGUCGGAUGCUGGUAGAAUAUCUACGCGAUAUGACUUUAUACCUAGUCCAGGGAGUCAUUUCUUCCGAUACAAGAACUACUGGAUACGGGUGGAUAGAAAUCGUGAAAAACAGAUGGUUGAUAUUAACAGAGGUGUUCCAUUCGAGACAGUGACACUUACUUCAGUGGGACGUAACAGAAAUGUGUAUUUUGAUAUAUUAGAAGAAGCACGGCAGUUGGCGUUACAGAAACAGGAAGGUAGAACAGUUAUGUAUACCGCUGUGGGUCCAGAGUGGAGACCGUUCGGUUAUCCAAGACGAAAACGUCCUUUAGAUUCAGUUGUUUUAGAUAAAACUGUGUCAGAUAAAAUUAUUACAGAUAUUAAGGAGUUUAUAGGUAAUCCAAAAUGGUAUAUGGACCGAGGUAUUCCAUACAGAAGAGGAUACUUACUUUAUGGACCACCUGGCUGCGGAAAAAGCAGUUAUAUAAAUGCAUUAGCAGGAGAACUUGACUACAGUAUCUGUGUGUUGAAUCUGUCAGAGCGAGGAUUAUCUGAUGAUAGACUGAACCAUCUACUCACCAUGGCUCCAGAACAAAGUAUUAUUCUCUUAGAGGACAUUGAUGCUGCUUUUGUUAGUCGAGAUCUUACAAUGGAAAAUCCUGUGGCAUAUCAAGGAAUGAGUCGUCUCACAUUGUCAGGUCUCCUCAAUGCUCUAGAUGGUGUAGCUUCAGCUGAAGCUAGAAUUAUUUUUAUGACCACAAACUAUGUAGAAAGGCUAGAUCCAGCACUGAUCCGGCCAGGAAGAGUGGACAUAAAGGAGAAGAUUGAUUAUGCCACAGAUUACCAACUACAGCAGAUGUACCUCAGAUUUUACCCAGAGGAGUCGGUGGAGCGAGCAAGAAUUUUCUCAGAGUGUGCACGUUCCCUGAACGACAAAAUAAGCCUUGCCCAAGUACAAGGACUAUUCUUACAGUAUAAGUCAGACCCUCAGACCGUUAUAGAUAAUGUAGACCAGCUGAUGUUAUUAUGAUGGAAGAUGCAACUUUUAGUUUUAUAUUUUGAAAUAAGAUUAAAUUAUAUGAAAUAAA